AUGUCCCUCCCCGGUUUAGAGCUCACACAAGCAUCGGCCGAAGCUCUCAGCACCCCCGCACCGCCCGUCCAACAUAGUCUUCCAAGGGGCUCGGAGUGGAGAUUUGAAAUCGCAUUUGGACGAACAGUGAGGGUAAAACCUGACCGGGGGGAAAUACUUCAGCUUCUCGCCGGCACUGCAGAGCUCUUCGGCACCGAACUAGCCGCCUCCCAAACAUACACCUUCUCCGGAACCAAAGCCGCAAUAUACACUUGGCAUGGCUGUACGCUAGAAGUGAGCGCCGGCGACCCCAUAUCCAUCGGUGGACUGGGCAGUGUGCCUCCGCCGCCAGGCUCAGGCAGCGGGGGGUGCCAGGUCGAGUAUGUAGCGGAGGAAACGCCCAUGGCCGAGUACGUCAAUAUCCACGGCGCGCUGGAGACGAUGCGCGAAGAAGCAAAAGCUAGCGGCCGCGAGGGACCCCGCGUACUCAUCCUGGGUGCAGAAGAUGCGGGCAAGACGAGUCUCGCGAAGAUUCUCACGGGGUAUGCGACGAAGAGGGGCCGGCAGCCUGUUGUGGUUAAUCUGGACCCGUCAGAGGGGAUGUUGAGCGUGCCUGGUAGCUUGACGGCGACAGCGUUUCAGUCUAUGAUUGACGUGGAGGAAGGGUGGGGGAGUAGCCCUAUGUCCGGCCCCAGUCCAAUACCGGUGAAACUGCCGCUGGUCUACUUUUAUGGAUUGCCGAGUCCGUUGGAUGCGGAGGGCCAGUCACAACGAUCCUUUGUCCUGGGCUCCGAACGCCUUUACAGCUCCAUGGUAAAACAGUACGACAACAAACCUAUCUCCACAUCCCCGUCUACCACCAUCGCCACUGUCGCUACUGGCGCUACCCCUUCCUCCCUCGACCGUAUAUCUGUCGUCAAAGUGACAAAGUCCGGCGGGUGCGUUGACCGCGAUGCCUCCUUUAUGAAGUCUGUCCGUGACUCACAAAUCCGCUCAUACUUUUUCGGCAACCCCAUUCCGUCCACCGCCUCCUCCGCACUCUCGCUCUCUGCCACCUCAUCAGGAACAACAAUAACCCUCUCCCCGCACGCACAGCAGCUCGAUUUCGACUCUCUCUCCAUAUUCACCAUCACCGCCACGCCCGAGGACGAGGAUGACUACGAUCCUUCAACCUUCGGCAUGAAUGACUCUUUCUUACCCGGGGGUAUCAACGACCACGAAGAUGAUGACAAUUCGCAAAUGCAACAGCCACAGCAACCGCAACAACAACAACAAUAUAUCGAUCAAGCUAUGGCCACCUCAUCAACCUUCCCCGCCUUCCUGUCCGCAUCCAACGCCUCAGCAACAGCAACAACAUCCCAACCUCCUCACACCGCCUCCAUCCCCCUAAAAAAGCUGCCUACCUCCACAACCUCCCCAGCCCCGCUGGCGCUAGAAAACACACUGUUAGCAAUAACACACGCAGCCCCAAACGCGCCGCUCCAUGAAAUCCGCGACGCCAGCAUCAUGGGUUUUGUAUAUGUUGCAGGCGUUGAUGAGAAGAAGGCGAAAAUCCGAGUGCUGGCUCCCGUCGGGGGCAGGGUGCCUGCUCGAGCUAUGAUAUGGGGGAGGAGGUGGCCGGGGGAGUUGGUGGGGUUGGUUGCGUGA